AUGCUGCUCACCAGGGCAGCAGCUCGCCCGCCCUUCACCUCACCACUGGCCAUCCGGUCAUUCACCACAUCCCGCUUCGCCCUGGAUGACUCUGCACCAGUCCGCCGAAGCCCCCUCAUAGGCAAUUUCGUCCCCCCGAAGCGCUCGACCCUCAAGCCCGACCAGACACCGCCCAUCUCAACAGAGCGCCCCCAGGCCAGCCAACCUCCCAGGCCGAGCCGCGCUCCCGCCUCCAGCGCCGAGGUGCCCCCCAACGCCGACCUCCCACCACCUCCUCCUCCUCCUCCUCCUCCCGCCUCGGGCGCCUCCCCCCUACCCAGGACCUCUCCGCCGGCUCUGCCCCCGCGCACGCCUACGACGCCAGCGCCCCCCUGGACCUCACGCAGCUCCUCAACAACGCCUACAACAACUACGCCCUCCAGACGGGCAUGGCGACCACCCGCGGCGGCCCCGCGGAGAACGUGUACGCCAGGCCCGUCACGGGCAAGACCGUCUUCCUCGAGGGCCGGUACGGCGGCGCGCAGAAGGCGGGCAACCCGGCCGCGGCCUUCCGCGUGCUGGACAGGCUGGUCAAGGAGCAGAAGGUGAAGCGGCUCUUCAACCAGCAGAGGUUCCACGAGCGCAAGGGCAUGAAGCGGAAGAGGCUCAGGAUGGAGAGGUGGAGGUUCAGGUUCAAGGACGGGUUCAAGGCCGCCGCCAGCCGGGUUCUGGAGCUCAAGAAGCAGGGGUGGUAA